GAAAAUGUGGCAACGCAUUUUGUGUUUCUUUCUGGCGGCACGUUGUGCAGUUGCGGUGGACAAUGAGGUGGAGAAGCUUUUCCGCGAUAUGGAGAUAGUGUCCGAUAUACUGGAUGCACCGCCCAAGGAGUUGUUGAAGAUUGAAUAUAAUGGGAGCUUAGAAGUUGGCAACGGCGAGGAGUUCACACCCACUCAAACCAAAGACGAACCCAAACUUUAUUGGACAUCCGAGCCAGAUGCUUACUAUACAGUUAUCAUGGUCAAUCCGGAUAUACCAACGCGUCAGAAUCCGUUGCUGCGCGAAUGGCUACACUGGUUGGUUGUCAAUGUACCGGGAGUCGAUAUCGCCAAGGGUGAUAUCAUAGAUCCCUAUAUUGGACCGAUGGCACCCAAAAUGAGUGGCAUACUACGUUACGUGUUCCUUAUUUACAAGCAACCCGGUAAACAAGUGUUCGAUGAAGAAAAGAUUACCAACACCGAUGUAACCGGUCACGAGAAGUUCUCUUCCAUGGGCUUUGCUGGGAAGUAUAAUAUGGAACUGGUGGCUGGCAAUUUGUUUCAAGCGCGCUGGGACGAACUUGUGCCCAGUUUGCAUAAACAAUUUGGUAUAAGUUUGUAAAAGUGAAAGGAUAUGAAAAGGAUUUGAUGAGGUAGUUAAGUCUGUAUUAUGCAUUAGGAUGGUGGAAGUAGAAACAGUAUUUUAUGUAAUUAAGGAGAAGUUGAAAAAAUGUACAUUUUAGUUAGGCUUUUGUCAAUUUUUGAAGCUGGUGCUUGGUUUGUUUUGGAAUUAGCUGGUAUAUGAGGGAAAGCAUAAGU